AUGCCAAAGUUUCCCCUCAAAAGAAAGAAACCCAGUUUCGCAAACACCAACAUCAAGUGCUACCUCUACCGAAGCGCCACAAGAAAUGCUGGCGAGGACAGAAAUACGUACGUGCUGGAUAAAAAGAAAAAGGUGGAAGAGAGGGUUAAAUUUACGACAAACAGGAAGUACAACGAAUUAGUUGCUCUGUUCAGAGGCAGAAAUGAAGGCAACGCAGUGAGAAGAAGUAGAAACAGCUAUUAUUACUCUAAUUUCGAAAAAGCAGAUGUUUUAACCCUUGCAAGGAGAGACAUAGAACGGCUCAAGAGAAACAAAUUUAAGUAUAUUCCCCUAGGAGGGAAGAGAAAACACCACAUUAAAAGGUUUCUCACUGACUGCCUUUUUGCCAACAAUGUUAACCUGCUGGUGGGCACAGCAAAGAGACACAUCCAAAGAGCGAGCCUUUAUCACCUUUUUCUUCUUCUUAAGUUAAGUGUGGAUUUUAGAAAUUGUGAAUUUUUCAAACUCACUGCGUUAGAGGCUUUCACGAACAAGGUGGAGUUGCUUGGGAGCCGCCAGAAAAAUGGACAUUUUGGGAGGGACCACACCUCAAUGGUUCUCACUUACCAGCGUAUUCUGGACGACACGUUUUUUGCUAAUACGCAUGGGUUCACGGAGAAGCCCCCCGCGCAGGACGUGUACUUCUUCGAUGUGGUCAAUUUUGUGAAUGAAACGGUGCAGAGAAGAGCGGCAUGCUCCUCACCUAGUAAUGGCAGCGGAGAAGUGGCAUCCUCCCCCCCUAGUAAUGCCAGCGGAGAAGUGGCAUCCUCCCCCCCUAGUAAUGCCAGCGGAGAAGUGGCAUCCUCCCCCCCUAGUAAUGGCAGUACAGAAGUGGUAUCCCCCCCCAGUAAUGGGAACGCAGAAGUGGCACCACCCCCUAGUAAUGACACCUCAGCAGUGAGAUAUCCCCCCAACUGGGCGCACCAGGGGGGGAGAAGCGACUCGAGGAAACGGCGCGGCGGACACAAGACAAAAAAGGAGGAAGACAAAAGACACAUAACACAAAGGGACGAAAUAUACCAAGACGAAAUUAAAUACUUUUUCUACAAUCACAGAACAAACCAUUUGGGAGUCUACAAAGAAAUCUUUGAAAAAUCUGAUGAGUACAAAUGUUUAAAAUUUUACGAAAAUGCAAAAAAGGAAUAUGCGACGCGGGGGGAGGAGGGGAGCUCUCCGCAAGGGCUGCUAAACAAUAAGCUGAGAAGCAGCCUGCUUAACCGCUCCAAUGUUGCAGAUGGGGACGUUAAACAGAGCAGCUUCCAACACGGCAACUUCGAACAGAGCAACUUCCAACACAGCAACGCUGAAGAGGCGUGGCAGUCGGGAGGGGCCCCGCCGCGAAACCGAUUAAGUCGAUACACACUGAAGGAGUCCGUGUUAAACGCCUUCCUCUCCGUGUGUGCAAAUAAUUACGACGACAGGACGUACAAAUAUAUGAAGGCUGUGUACUUCACCAAUUUUUACGUCUACAAUCCGUUAUUCCUGUUUCAGUACUUCAACCACAUCCCCGCGAGCGAAAAUAAAUUGUUCCAAUUCUACUUAACUGAAUUUCUCAAAUUUUUAAACAACAUCAUUGUGCAUUUUCACUUUUAUUUAAUCCCCUUUUUUACCAAUUUGAAUUACUCCACGGUUUUUCUCAACUUUUUUAAAAAAAAAAUGUUACACUGUCAAGGGGCGGGGGAAGGGGCAGGUGAAAGGAUUGUCCACAUAUAUAGAAGAUCGAGUAACCAUCAGCUCGUGAAGGAGAAAAUUUCCUACACUUACAAGACUUAUCAGAAUAGGGAAAAAAACGUGGCCUUCGUUUUCUUCCUUUUUUAUGAAAUUUUCCGAUCGGACAGCCUGGUGGAAAAGUACCGACAAAUUUAUUUGGACAAUUUUUACCUGUACAGCUCAGAAAGGCAGGAGAAGAAGCAACACCUGAGCAUUUUUUUUAACUUUUUAAAUUACCGAAGCGUUUUUAACAAAUAUGAGGAUGAGCUGAAGGGGGUUCAGAUUGAGAGGAGGCAGUUUUAUAAGCGGCUUCUCGCGGCUACGAAGAGGAUAAGGGAACACAGCUCCGUGAAGAUCCCGACGAAUGGGGGGGAGGAGGAAUCUACCCCCCCUCGGGGAGACAUACUCGAGGGAGAUGCAUCACUCCGUAGUGACCGCUUAAUAACCAGUAUGGUGGGACGUCGCACUGCCGCACGCGGGCCGUUGGCCUCUAAUUUGGCGUUGAAGAGGCGGGAAUUUCUCCGCGGCAUGCAGAGGGCCCACCAGGAGUUCGCAGCGGGAGGAAGCGGUCGGGGAAUCAGCGGCGGGGGAGUAAGCAGCGGGGGAGUAAGCAGCGGGGGAGUAAGCAGCGGGGGUUCAGUUGCACAAAUUCAUCCACUCCGCGGCGAUAAACCAAAUGGGAGGCAUGGACCGAACGGAGGGACCCUCCCUUGGGAGAUCCUCCAGAUGCACGACGGUAAUCUCAAGCACAACAUCAUUUCAGUCCGAAAGAGGGAAGUCUUUAAUAUGAUUCUCCACCUGAACAAACACAACUUCACACAAAGUGCAAACUACCUCAACCGAUUCUGCUUCUUCCUCCUGAACGAAUUCUGCGAGAAGGACAUAGUAACCCUCUUUGCUAACCACCUGAAGUACAACGGGAACGAUCAUGAUCUCUUGUUACUUAAUAAGAUAAUCAACAUUUUGAUUUACAAGAGAAAGAACAUUUCUCUGAGUAACAACAUUACGAUCUGUAACAGUCUAGCCAAAUACCAGCUUUUUCACAAUAAUUUUUUUUCGUUGGACAAAAGGAACUUCUUCGAUGAAGUGACUGACGCGAAUAUCCACUCUCUCGUCGCACUGCUGUACUCUUGGGGGAAGCUCAAGGUGAGAAAUCUGGACCCCCUUUUUUACCUGCGGGUUAUUAGAGAAAUUAUUAGAAAGAUCGAUAAGAUUAAUGAGUACGGCUUGUCCUGCUUGCUGUACGGGCUGAACAACCUCAUUGAUAGGAGGAAGGCCAGGGAGGCGUCCAUAAUACCGGCCCGCCAGGGAAGUGUCGAACGGGGAAGCCACAUCGAGCAAGGAAGCCAUAUCGAGCAAGGAAGCCACAUCGGACAGGGAAGCCACAUCCAACAAGGUGACCACCUCCAGACGGUAGCCCUUGAAAACGAACUCAUAAGAGCGAUAGUAAACAAACUGACCAUCUUCAAAAAUAUGAACAUCAAUUCUUUUUGCAUAUCAAUUUCGUGUCUUUCCAAGAUAAAUAUUUUCCCGAAAGAAUUAUAUGAGGAGGUCAGGACGGUCACAUACAAAUACAUGCACAGCGUGAAUGUGACCUCAUUGCAGCACCUCCUUCUGGCUCUCUCCAAAUUUUACAUUAAAAAUAAACCAAGUCAAGCAACCGAUGAGCUGAUAUUUGACAUUUUCAAUUUUCUCUUCACUUAUAAAUAUAAUGAUAUAUCUUUUAAAUGUGCGUGUAAAUUUCUGCACAUCUUGAGUUUAUUGAAUUUGCGGGAUGAAGACUUCAUCCUUCUUCUUCUGCUGGUCAUUUCGAAUGAGCAGAAGGUUUUGGAUGCUUACCACAGGGGGAGGAACAACGUCUCUUUUGGGGAAGCGAAUUCCCCAAACGGGGUGGCAGUCCCCAGGUCGGACGCGACCAGCCUCAACAGGGGAAACUCGUUUAGCCCCGUUGGUACGCUUCAUAAUGGUGGGACUCAGCUUGGUUAUCGGCCCUAUGUAGCAACAAACACUCACCAUACGAAGGAACCACCCCCCUUGAGUAGUGACCCCUCGGCGAUGCGAACAAACCAGAGUUGCAAAUACAAGGCCGCUUUAUUCAUCAAGGGGCUAAGUGCACUGAAGGAGGACGAUUAUUUUAAGAGUUCCCAUAGCGCGUACCCAUUUUUUGACGUCAAAAAGUACAAGUUUGACCUGUCCAAAGUUUUGCUCAUUUUUAAGAAUGCCGAUAGUAGCUACCUCGUCAACGUGUUGGAGAGUCUGUACAGCCUGUCAUACUACUCCUAUUUUUCAAUUCACCUCACCGUGGUCAUAAAAAAUAUUAUGAUAAAGCAAAUCCAUGACUUGAAGGUGUCCAGCAUAAUGGCUCUUCUCUUUUCUUACGUGGAUUUACACUUCUUUGACCACUCUCUGUAUGACAUAGAAUUGAAUUUAUUUUUAAGUGAAGACAGUGGUGGUAGUGUCCCCAUUGAGGAGGGAGCCCAAUGGAAUGAUGAGCAGCCUCUCCUGUUCGAAGCUGCCGUGGGGGACGCGAUUGAGAAGGACCCUAUUGAGAAGGACCCAAUUCAGAGGGACGCCUCAGAAGGGGUAGGCGAGAAUGAAAAAAUAAUUCCAUCAAAUAGGAACCACUACCGACCCAGUGAUGAAUACACUACCGCUAAUCUGAGAGAACAGCUCCACAACGUGUACAACCACAUGAUUUGUAACUUCAAAAUGAUGAAUGAGCAGGAACGGAUGCUCUAUAUCGAGAAGCUUAAACUGCUCAUGUGCGAAAUGAAGAAGAAGAAAAAAUACUUUGUGGACAAUAUUUACAAUGAGAACAACACGCCAAGCGUGGAGUACAUACUGUCCAUGAUUCACGACUAUGACGAGAUGGGGAAGGAGAACUGUCCGAUGGAGCAGAGGGGAAGACUCUUCUCAUCUGAGAGAAGAGACCAACCCUCGGGAUACAUUCCCGAUAUGGAUGCGCGCAGCUAUAGGGACAAGGGCCCCCUCGCGACGCGCAAAAAAGACCGCGAACUGGACAACUCGCUGGACGAGAAACACUUCGAACAGAUCAAAAACAUCGUAGACCAAUUCAGCUCGGUGAAGGAAUUCCACUUGAGGGACAAAACGCUGAGGGAAAAAUUACAAAAAAAAGAAUACUACGAUGAUUUCUUCUUUUUAAAAUAUAGAGAAUACUACAAAGAAGACCUCAUCAAUUUAUGCCUCGAAACGAUGCUAAAAAAUGUGACUUACAUUUUGAACAAUUAUAAGCAGUACAAAAACUGCAGCACUUUUUUCCUCCUCCUCUUCUGCGACAUUUUCCUUCCGUACACCACCAGCGACAUUUUUCUCUACUUCAAUUCCAUUCAGAGGAGUUACGAUGGUGAGGAUGGCCGUGACAACAAAAAUGGAGAUCAUAACAAAUGGAAGCAAGAGUUCCAGCACAUUUUGGAAAACAUAGAGCUAUCCCAUUUUACCACAGACACGGUUAGAAUCGUUAUUAACGCGAAGAAUGCCUCCAACAUGGUCAUCCCCUAUUUGGAAAUAUUACAACAUAACAAUAACUUCCUCAACAAAGCCGUAUGUGUGAGUGGUAAGAGUGAAGAAGGGGCGCACUGCGUAGAGGACCUUCAACAUGUUAGCGGCAAGCGAGAUGGCCAUCCGGAGGGCGGAACGCACAAACAGCAUGGAACGUAUGGUCACACUUCAAAGGAGUACCAACACUUCAUAAACUCGUAUGACUCCAGUUAUAGGCCAAAAAAGAUCAAGUUUGAAAAUAUCGUCCCCUUAAACUUAUUGUACAAAUUUUUCCAACUAUUCAACUUUAACAUAAAUAACGUGCAACUGAUUUACCUCCUAAACGAAGUGAUUAAAGAGAAGGAGUUAAACGAGCCAAGCGACGCCAACGUGCAAGUCCCAAAUGACAACGCAAUCCACUUUAGCAACAAUCAAAUUUCGCCUGACCAGUUCAGAAAAGUUUCCUACCCCCUCAUACAAAUACGAAAUAAAACCUUAAUUGUUCAUAAAAAUUUCAAGAAAGUUUUUUUUAAAAAUUUCAACAUCAUAGAUCACUACUUUAAGCCAUCAAGAGGUAUGCUUAUACAAAUAUUGGACAAUGGCAUUCAUAAGGCAAUUUCGAUUUAUGUGGACGUGUACGUUGUUGCUUAUAAGGUGGAUAUCCUGAUUGAGCGAGACGCUGUGUUGCAUCAGUAG